AUGGUUAAGGAAAUCAAAACAGAAACCAAAGUUGGUGUUGGGAUUGCAGCCUUAUGGAAGGCCUUGUCAAAAGAUUUGAGAUUUCUGGCUCCGAAAAUUGCACCUAAUUUGAUCAAGGAUGUGGAACUCAUAGAAGGAGAUGGUACCAGCACCGGUACAGUCUUGCUCUUCAGCUUUGGCACCGAUGCAUCAAAUAUAGUUUACCAGGAGGAGAAGAUUGUGGAGCUUGAUGAGUCUUUGCAUAGAUUUGGCCUACAGGUGUUAAAAGGAGGCCACUUGAACCAUGGGUUUUCUUCAUACAAAACAAGUUUCCAACUUGCUGGAAUUCAAGAGCAGGAGACCCUGGUGAGUAUCACAGUCACUUAUGAGUCUGCAGUUGAAGAUACUACCAUGCCAUCAAAAUCAACCCAAGCUUCUAUAGCCUUCAUCAAGAGCCUGGAAUCCUAUUUGUUAAAUGCUGCCGCCUAG